AAAAAAAUUUCAUUAAUCAUUAUUAUGACUCAUCCACUAUGAUUCAUCUCUCCUAGGAUAAUCGCUGGAUUUGAUUAUCUACAUACGAGAUACCAUUAGUUCAUUGGUAUUGUGUCUACUAGACUGCCACGCCUCCAUGGUCUAUACCUCAGCCAUCUCUCGUUAAGAUGGGAUUAUCGAUGGCGAUCUACUCACUGCCUUCCUUAUGGCCUCAGUAGCUUCUCCCUUAAGCGUCAUCCGUCCUUUCUCCGCUUUACGGUUAGCAGCCGGCGCCGGCGCCAGUUUUGGCUUUGGGGUACCGCCUCGGCGGCUGUUUCUUGGUGUGGGGGCGUCCUUUCUCGAUCAGCUCCGACGAAUGGCUUCCAGCCACGGCAGUCGCUCACUAACUACCUUGGCCUGGCUGAAACGGGGAGUUUCUCCAAUCGAGCAGGUUCUGAAGGAUGUUGAAUGGCCGGAUAAUUUUCCUUUCAAGGAUGAGGAUUUCAGCCGCUUUGAUGAGUCCUUGGACUCAUUAUUCUACUCAGAACCUCGUUUUGUCACACAUAUAGAUGAUCCUGCUAUUUCUGCCCUUACUAAAUUCUACUCCAAGGUCUUCCCCCCAAGUAAUACACCAGGGGUGUGCCUACUUGAUCUUUGUAGCAGCUGGGUCUGCCAUUAUCCAGCAGGUUACAAGCAAGACAGAAUUGUAGGGAUGGGAAUGAAUGAAGAUGAGCUGAAGAAGAAUCCGGUUUUAACAGAAUACAUUGUACGAGACCUGAAUGUGAACCCCAAACUUCCAUUUGAAGAUAAUUCAUUUGAUGUUAUAACUAAUGUGGUUAGUGUUGAUUAUUUGACCAAACCAAUUGAUGUGUUCAAGGAAAUGCAGCGGAUACUCAAGCCAGAAGGUCUAGCUAUAAUGAGCUUCUCUAAUCGUUGCUUUUGGACAAAAGCCAUUUCAAUCUGGACAUCAACUGGUGAUGCUGAUCAUGCUUGGAUUGUCGGCUCUUAUUUUCAUUAUGCUGGCGGAUUCGAGCCACCGGUGGCUGUAGACAUAUCCCCAAACCCAGGGCACUCUGAUCCGAUGUAUAUCGUCUACUCCAGAAAGAAAGCAUUUGCAUGAGCACAUUGAGAGAAUACUUCGUUGAAAUUUGAUUUCCUAGAAUCCACUCUUUGUAAUGGCAAUUUUUAAACAGUUCACAAUGGUGUAUUAACCUUUUAGAUUUGCACUUACUACAGUUUUAACAUUAGUGUACUGCCAUUGUGUAAAGCAGUAAUUAUGUUCCA